UCAAUUCUCUCUACCAUGGCCUCGGAAACACUGGGAAAUCCUGGCGAUUCCUCAUCAUCAACAUUGUCUUCUUCGGCUUCGAAGCUCGUUCUGUACUCACACUGGCAAAGCUCGUGUGCGUGGCGUGUACGCUUCGCAUUACAACUCAAAGGACUCUAUUAUGAAUACAAAUCAGUCCAUCUUGCAAAAGGAGAGCAGUUUACUCCAGAAUUUGAGAAAUUAAAUCCACUUCAUUUCGUUCCGGUCUUAGUUGACAGUGAUUUGGUUGUUUCGGACUCACAUGCAAUCUUGCUGUAUUUGGAAGAGAAGUAUCCUCAAAAUGCACUAUUGCCCGUUGAUCCUCGUCUAAGAGCUAUCAAUCUCCAGGCUGCAAGUAUUGUCAGUUCCAGUAUACAGCCCCUUCAUAUGUUGGCAGUGCUGAAGUAUAUUGAGGAAAAAGUUGGUCCUGAAGAGCGACUAUCAUGGGCUCAAUACAGCAUAGUGAAAGGUUUCAAUGCUCUUGAAAAGUUACUGAAAGAUUUCACUGGCAGAUAUGCUACUGGUGACAAAGUUUACAUGGCUGAUGUGUUUUUGGCCCCGCAAAUCGCUGUAGCCACUAAGAGGUUUAAUGUUGACAUGUCCAACUUCCCCACUUUAAGUGCUAUAUACGAGUCAUGCAAGGCUUUACCAGAAUUCCAAGCUUCUUUGCCCGAAAGACAGCCUGAUGCUGUACAUUAAGUCUGCUUUAUCUGUGCAUCUGAGACGCAAUGAAUCUGUAUUUACACUAUCAGCUUUAUAUGGUUUCUGGAUUCUGGCGUUUAUUCAUGUAUUUAUAUGGGAAGGCUGCCUUCCCCAAUGCUAGCUUUGUUCAAAAGACUGCCACUUGAAUGUGGAAAAAGGGAGUUUGUAUCACCUAGACUAGAUAAAUGGAAGUGAAAUUGUGUGUGUGUGUUUUUUGAGUGAACUGGAGUUAAUGAAUCCAGAAGAUUGCCUUUUCCUUUU